AUGGAGGUUCAAAACAAAGAGGCCGUACUGGCCCCAGAACUGUCCCCCUCUCUCACGCCCCGAGAUGUCGAGCAACAGCCCGGUAGCGAACCACCGUCCGACGUCCACACCUCUGCCUUCAAGAGCCUCGGCAUCCUCGAUCAGUUCCUUGCGCUGUGGAUCUUUUUGGCCAUGCUCACCGGGAUUCUACUGGGAAAUUUCGUCCCCAGCACUGGUCCCGCGCUCCAGCGAGGUGAAUUCGUCGGCGUCUCAAUUCCAAUAGCGAUCGGGUUGCUGGUCAUGAUGUAUCCCAUCCUUUGCAAGGUCAGGUUCGAGACUUUACAUCACUCCUUUCGUGAAAGAAACCUCUGGGUGCAGGUGGUUUUCAGCGUCUUUGUGAAUUGGAUAAUAGCACCUCUCGUCAUGCUGGGUCUGGCGUGGGCUUUCCUGCCGGACGAACCUGCCCUCCGCGAUGGGCUCAUCCUAGUCGGUAUCGCGAGAUGCAUUGCUAUGGUUCUGAUAUGGACUGGUCUGGCUGGUGGCGACAAUGAAUACUGUGCCAUCUUGGUUGCCAUCAAUUCUCUCCUACAGAUGGUCCUCUUCGCCCCGCUGGCCCUUCUUUUCAUCAACAUUAUCAGUCACUCUUCCGAUGGCGUCAAUGUCGACUAUGCUCCCGUCGCGAAGAGCGUUGGCGUCUUCCUUGGGAUACCAUUGGGCGCUGCCAUCGUCACCCGAUUUAGCCUUCGCAACCUCGUGGGCAAAGACUGGUACGAAAAGCGAUUCCUGAAAUGGAUUGGCCCACUGUCGUUGAUAGGCCUGCUCUUCACCAUCAUUGUCCUAUUCGGAUCCCAAGGUCGUCGUGUGGUCCACCAGAUUGUAUCUGUCGUGAGGGUUGCGGCUCCCCUCAUUGUGUAUUUUGCAGUCAUAUUCCUCUCGACGCUGCUGGUCACGAGGAGACUCGGUUUUGGAUAUCGCCUUUCCUGCACCCAGAGCUUUACAGCCGCGAGCAACAAUUUCGAGUUGGCCAUUGCCGUCGCCAUCGCCACAUAUGGUGUUGACAGUGAUCAAGCACUGGCGGCAACUGUCGGGCCUCUCAUCGAGGUGCCAGUUCUACUCGCGCUUGUCUACGCAGUCAAGUGGUAUGGCAGGCGCCAAAAUUGGGUGGCAUAG